GUCAAUGAUACACACUAUCGAUAAAAGCUCCCCGAGUAAUAGGGAAAAAUUCACAUUUUUCCAUUUCCAAUUUUGAAAUUUCCGCGACUAAAAAACACCCCCUCUAACUGUUUUUAGCAAAGUAAAAGCUCUAAACCAGGUGAUUAUCCCUAAUAUAAUAAAAAAGCUCACAUUACGAGCUUUAUACUUAAACUAAAAACAAUUUUAUAAUUUCCUUACUAUUCACAAGACCAUUGAUAAAAAUAAGAUGAAAGAGAGAAAGAGAAUGAUAGAUAUAGAGAGAGAUGGGCCUCGAGAGGGUAGUUUCUGCCCAUAAUUUUUGACCUGCUGCCGCCUCGGCCGCUUUAGAAAAUUUCUUAGAAACAUAUCCGUAGCUUCGCAAUUUUAAAAGCUGCAACUUCCUUAUGGUCCUUAGGGGUUGCUCCAUUUCUCCCCUCUCCAAACUCCCACCCCGCGGUGGGGGUAAGUGCGUUACGUUGGCCUAGGUUAGGUCAACCCUCGUGCGUCUCGAUUUACAUUCAGUAGAAUUUCUAUGGUCAAAUGUGAAGCAUGUGUGCAGAUCCGUCAUUCACCGAACAACUUACACUCACGCAACUCAACAAGCGAGUGAUAACAACACGUUAUUAUCAUUAGAGAAAGUUUCCUUCUUUAUUUUUGUAAUGAAAGCUUGUGGUAGUGUCAUCCGCGGAAAGCUCGAUCACUUCAUGAAACCGGCGAUUUCCCGACGAUAUGCCGCUUUUACAGGAAAAUAAAACUGAUGAUAUUUUUACGAAUCGGGACAAAAUGAAAGUGGAAUCGGACGACACGUCGUUAAAAUCCUCUCUAACUUCUGUAGCAUUCCCGUCGUUCCCGAAUGCAGGAAUAUUUACCCCGUCCCAGAUACUGAUGGCUAGUCAAUUAAUGGCAGCCUCCGGUCUGGGACUUCCGGCCAAUCCGGCAUUUUUUCAUCCCGGACUAUUCACUACAACCACUUGGCCCAUUAGCUCACCCCCCUCGCCCCCGAACAGUGCCGAACAGGUCUCGCCGGCCUUCAAGUCGAGAAAAAACAACAACAACAACGUCGUGAGUAGUAGUAGUUCAGAUGUUAAAACUACAAAAAGAAAAGCCGCGAGAAAAAUCGAGGAGGAGGCGAUGCCUCUCAGUCCUCCCAUGUCCACGUCGUCGCCUCCGUCCAGUACUGCCGACCUCGGCGUUAAAGAUAACAGAGAUAAACAGUUCACUUGUGGCGUAUGCAAGAGGUCCUUCGGCUACAAACACGUCCUGCAAAAUCACGAAAGGACUCACACGGGAGAGAAACCGUUUGAAUGUCCGGAAUGCCAUAAAAGGUUUACCAGAGACCAUCAUUUGAAGACCCAUAUGAGGCUGCAUACUGGCGAGAGGCCGUAUCACUGCGACCAUUGCGAUAGACAUUUCGUGCAGGUGGCGAAUUUGAGGCGUCAUCUUCGAGUGCAUACGGGCGAGCGCCCGUACGCAUGCGAGCACUGUCAAGCGCGAUUCUCGGACUCUAACCAGCUGAAAGCUCAUCUUCUAAUUCACACAGACGAAAAACCGUUUUCUUGCGAAAAAUGUCACACAAGGUUUCGUCGAAGGCACCAUCUUCUUCAUCACAAGUGCGGUGUAACAACGAUUUCUUCAGACAAAGAGCCGAGUCCCGAUCCUUCCGAGAUCCACGAAGACGAUCAUCUUCAUCCAUCCCGAAAUAUCCUAAGAGUCCCUAUCGAACCCCUCCUAACCUUCCCCCUUACUGUUAAUCUUCCCGAACAAACGGAACCUGAAGAUUUAAGUAUGACCACGGGACUGCAUUCACACAGCAGCGGGGAAUCGACGAGGUCCCGAUCGCCGCCGAGUUCUAAGGACGACAUGGAAGACGACGAGGAGCUGCCGCGGGAAACAACGUCCCUUUUUCUAAAACAUACAUCUACGAUGCCUCCCAUGUCCCACUCCUAGUCCUGUCACGAACUGUAGUUGAAAGGUAAUAAAUAAUAAACUUUUUCAAAUUCAUAUUACGGGUACCUCGAGUCAAUGUUUUCAGGGAUUAUUAUUCAAUACAUGUACGUAUUCCUUUAUUGUUCCGAUAAGUUUUCCGUUUAAUUAUUAUUUUUUUUUUGUAGAAAUUUAUAUUUUAUAAAGUUAUUAUCGUAUAAUCUAUCAAUCUGGUGUGCGAGUUCCUGUGUCAUAAUAGACAAAUGACAAUGUUUACGAUUGUUUUAAGCAUUUGUUUCUUUUUAUUGUUCAGACUCACUUAAUAAUAAUAAUAGGAAACAAUCAAAAACGCGUUUCUUUUAUUAAAAAACUUCCAAACUUCUUUUAUUUUUCCUUUCAAUCAUUCAUACGUGUAGUAUAUUGUAUCGACCGAUUUAUAUUUAAUCGAUAAGGGUAUGCAUAAGUAAUAGAUUAUUAUUAUUUGAUUUUAAAGGAUGAUAUAACCGGUGAGAUAUUCUUAACUUUAAACAUAUUCAUUUAUUUACCUAAUAUAUAUAUAUUAGUAGACGUAGCCUUUAUUAGUUUCUUUAGAAAGUUAAACUUUCUUAAAAAUUUCUAUUCGGCAAUAAAAUAUCGGUUCUACGAGUAACAAAAGUCCUUUUUUCUACCUGCUCCAUAUAAAAUAUCACAAUUGUAUUGUAUUUGCUCUGGUUUCGGACGGACUGGUUUGCAUAUUGUCGCAAAAUCGUAAAUUACAAGGUUAUAAACAACCCCCUAAAAGACCUUGUCCACAAAAGGCAUUGUAUUUCGUCAUUGUAGCAGCAGAAAUGUUUCGGGAGUCAUUUCAAAAAUUUGCAUCUAGAAUUGCAUGGAACCGUUACACUUUCGUGUCGAUUUCUUGGAAGGAAGUCGUUCAAAGGACAAAAAUAUGAGAAACGAAAGAAUUUUUCGUUUUUGGUUUCGCUACCUCUAUUUCUUUCGGGUACUUUCCCUUCUACAUCAAUUUAAAUUGCUUAUUAUUAAUUUUGAAUUUUUCGUUGAGAACCCGUGUCAAGUAACGCAAGAACCUGUUCAGAAACAUGUUUCAUUAAAAGACGUUUUCAGGUAUCAAUUUUUUUAACGGUUUACGUAACAAUUAUCCUUAAUACGAUAUUUUAUACUUGCCUGUACAUUCUAGUUAUUAAUGCCUACAUAAUAUGAAACGGUCUAGAUUUAUACUUUUUAAAAAACAAUCGCUGCCGAUUUUCGUUUUUCUAAUAACAAAACAAGAACGUUUUUGAUUGUUUCCUGUGUUAACGUAAAAAAAAAUAGAAGAAACCUUAUUGUAAAUAUCUCUAUAUUUUUGUAGGUUUAAGGCCACAAUGAUUAUUAUUUAUAUAAAAAAAGUGUUGUAUCGAUAUUCUUUUUAUUGUUAUCUUGUGCUGUAUUGUUAUUAUUUUAUUUAGUAUCUACCGAAAUUGCUUGAAAAUGACCCAUCUAAUAUCGUAUAAUAGUAAUAAUAAUCCGGUUUUGUCGAUUAGAAUUUUAAUUCGUAUGUAAUAAUUAAAUGUACAUUCAAAACCUUUUGAAAAACUUCUUACCAAAGAAACUGGUCCCGAAUAUUCUUAUAUUCUACGUCAAUGGUUGGAAUGAGUUACCUGAACUUGAAUAUUCUAGUGAGAUAGCUUCACCGCGAAUAUUUUUAUUUAGUACAUUUUAAUGUUUGUUACGUUUAAUAUGUCGUUAUAAGUUAGGAAUUUUUUCAACAAAUGUACAAAUGUCUACCUCCUGUUUGUAAAUUGCGAUAGUAAACUUUUACCUAACAGUUUCACCUGAUAAACUGACCGAUAAGACUGAUUUUUAAUAGAGAAAAAAAAAUAAGAAAAAUAAUAACCAUAGCUAUGACAGAAUACACGUUGUAUUAAUUAGUGAAUAAAAGAGAUCCAUGUGAAUCAAUUUUUUUGUAAAUAAUAUCUAUUAAUUAAUAAUAACGAUAACGAUACGUAAAUGUUUUAUGGUGUUUUCUACCUCAACGAUUAUUAUUAUUAUUACUUAUCUAUCUACAUAUUUUAUCAAAUGAUAAUGAUGUAACGUUUUGACGAAAAUCUUACACGCGCCAAGCAAAAGAGGAAUUUAAUUUUUAGGGUUUCCUGGCCGUAAUUCCCCGAAAAUUCUUUCGGGGCUUCUUUGACCUCCGCGAGAUCAAAUAACGAAAAUUUUUUUAUCGUAACGUAAGAAGAUUCGACCGGUUCGUGGGGGGAAACCCCCCAAACAUUGGGUAAGAUUUCGUCGAAAAAGCUGAUCUCCUAUAUUAAUCGUCUUUAAUUUUUAAUCUCUUUACCGAAUGCCCUUGAAUAAAUGUACCUACGACACAAUGGCGUUAUCAACACGUACAUAUGUGAUCACGUGACCCGGUUGAUGAACGAAAA